UCCACUUUAAAAACAAGGGACAAGGUUACAUCACGCACACACGCCACACGCGCACCAAAGCCAGAGCCCAGCACUCGACACCACACCCACCCACACGCACACCGAGCCGCGCGCACGAACCCGUCCUGGGAAGCGGCGGGAGAGGAGGAGGUUCAUGGGGAGCAGCGGGGGCAGCAGCGAGCACUUCCUGCGCCAGCUGAGCUCCAGCGACGGCGGCGGCGGCGCGCCGCGCCAGCUGCUGCAGCAGGAGUGGGAGUGCGGCGGCGGCAGCAGGCGCGGGUCGCGGCGCUGGUCCCGGAAGAAGGCGAGGGCCCGCGGCCACCGCCGCGGCGGCGGGUUCUGCCGGGCGGAGGAGGCGGCCGCGGCGGGGCGGAAGCGCGUCAUGGUGGUGGUGGACCAGAGCUCCGGCGCCAAGCACGCCAUGAUGUGGGCGCUCACCCACGUCGCCAAUAAGGGCGACUUCCUCACCCUGCUCCACGUCCUGCCGCCGCAGAGCGGCGGCGGCGGCGGCGGCGGGGCGGACGCCUCCGCGCUCGCCAACUCCCUCGGCGCGCUCUGCAAGGCCUGCAAGCCUGAGGUGGAGGUGGAGGCGCUUGUGAUCCAGGGGCCCAAGCUGUCGACCGUCCUCAGCCAGGUGAAGAAGCUGGAGGCGUCCGUGCUCGUGCUCAGCCAACGCAAGCCCUCUCCUUUCUGCUGCUUCAUGCGGAGCAGCAGCGAGGCGUUCGAGGAGGAGUGCAUCAGCCGGGCGGAGUGCCUGACGCUGGCGGUGCGGCGGCAGAGCAAGGGCGUCGGCGGAUACCUCAUCAGCACCCGGUGGCAGAAGAACUUCUGGCUCCUGGCUUGACGACGACGACGACGCCUGGCUGACGCUGACGGGUCCUCCUCCUCCUCCUCGCCGUGCAGAGACUUCUACUAUGCCAAGGCUGAGCUUCUUACAAGUUACAAGAGGUCGAUAAGCUAGCUGUAACCGCCUCAAUAACCCUCCACUGCCUGUCAAUCCUAGAGUGUGCCUGAUCUCUCUCUGUGUGUGUUUGUGAUGUUUCUCUGAUGUGGUGCUGUAUUGAUGUAUUCUAUCUAUCCUCAUGGUUCAGUCUACUGUUGUACGAGUAGCUGAUUAGCUGUCGCUCUCGCUCCCUCUGCUGUUGUAUUGUAAAAAAAACAGAAGCUGAUCCGCUGCCC